AUGGCAUUACUUCUAGGAAAAAUCUCAUUGCACGAUGUCUCCUUGUUGAUAUCCCCUAGUGGCGAUAUAUCAAGAUAUAUAUUGAUAUAUAACGGCAUCAGUAUCUAUCUAUCUAUCUAUCUAUCUAUCUAUCUAUCUAUCUAUCUAUUUGCUUCAAUGUUUCUAUCUAUCUAUAUAUCUAUCUAUCUAUUAUUUAUCAAUAUUUAUGGGCAGCCUCCAACUCUCUCUAUCUUUCUUUCUCUCUCUCUCUCUCCUUCUUCUCUCUCUCUCUCUCUCUCUCUCUUUCUGCUUAGUACGAUCCAAACGAAAGGAGUGAUGGAAAGGCAUAUAUAUCUAUCUAUCCAUCUAUCUAUCUAUCUAUCUCAGUAUUUUUAUAUCUUUUUGUUUAUAUCUAUCUCCCUAACUAGCUCUGUUCGUAUCUAUCUAUCUAGCUACCCAUCUGUCUAUACCAGUAUCUAUCUAUCUAUCUAUCUAUCUAUCUAUCUAUCUAUCUAUCUAUCUAUCUCACUGUCUAUACCAGUCUCUAUCUAUCUAUCUAUCUAUCUAUCUAUCUAUCUAUCUAUCUAUCUAUCUAUCUAUCUAUCUAUCUAUCUAUCUCAAUUAUCGAUUUGUCUUGGUGAUCUUUCUUCUCUGAAAAUCAGGACAUCGCACGGUUAG